AUGACGCAGGUUCACAAAAGCUGCUCUGAGCAUCCCAAUCCGGAUGAAAAUAUCAUCUCUCGCGAGACCAUCGGGGCUGAUACAGCUGCCCAGCUUUACACGUGCAUUGACUUCGUUACCGGUGUUUGCUCAGCCCUGAGCACUACCAUUAUUUCUCCAUCGAAAACAUCCUGUCCAAUCAACUCCCCAAAACAGCGAUACCGGUCUGUCAAAAUGUUCGGAGACAACACAUUCAAUCUCCGAGUGGGUUGUGAAUAA